AUGGGACAGUCAGAUGAGGAGUUUGAGGGACUGCAUGAGGGGCUGGGGUCCAGGGAGAUGAUGGGGCCCCGCGAGGGGCCUGGGGUCUCAGAGAGAGAAGGGAACUCUUGGAAGGGGAGAAGGGAACUCUUGGAAGGGGACAAGGGUUCGCAGUCCUGCAGGGGUCUGAAAUCUGCAGAGCCAGCCCUCAGGGCGGGCGGGCGCCCCCCCACUCGUGUCACCCCCGCCCCCCAACUGCGGCGCAGGCGCCAACCCAACCAGCUUCUGCUCUGCUCGCCUUCCCGCUCCCGCUCGGCGGAGACUGCGGACAGAGAGGGACCCAGGAUGCCAAGCUGUGACCAUCCCUGUGGCUGCAGCCGAGGCCCCGAUGUGGAAGACGGCAAGUGGUAUGGGGUCCGCUCCUAUCUGCACCUCUUCUACGAAGACUGUGCAGGUACCACCCUCAGUGAUGACCCUGAGGGGCCUCCCGUACUGUGUCCUCACCAACCUUGGCCCUCACUUUGCUGGAAGAUCAGCUUAUCCUCUGGUACCCUGCUUCUGCUGCUGGGUGUGGCAGCCCUGACCACAGGCUAUGCAGUGCCCCCCAAGAUGGAGGGCAUCGGAGAAGGCGAGUUCCUGGUGUUGGAUCAGCGGGCAGCUGACUACAACAGGGCCCUGGGCACCUGCCGCCUGGCGGGCACAGUGCUCUGUGGGGCAGCCGGGAUCCUGCUGGCCAUCUGCAUGUUCUGGGCCAUGACUGGCUGGCUGAACCAGGACACCAAGGCAGAACCCUUGGACACUGAAGCUGAUGGCCACGUGGAGGUCUUCGGGGAUGAGCUGGAGCAGCAGUUGUCCCCCAUCUUCCACGAUGCCAGUGGCCGGUCUUGGUUCUCAACACCUGCCAGCCACUUUGGGCAAUCCUCUGUGCAGACCAUCCAGCCCAAGCGGGACUUUUGA